GCCACGUGUUUCGUUGUAAUUUGGUAGGAGGGAAAUUUUAACCACGUGUUCUGUUCUGUUGCGUUGUAAUUUAUGUUUGUAAACAAACUAAAGCUGUUUUGAUAUUUUUAUAUUAUUUAAAAUGAGUAGCAGCGAUGAAGACGACGAGAAAUAUUUUAAAGAAUACGAAAUACAAUUCAAGAAAGGGAAAUAUAUUAAAUGUUUACAAUAUUUGGAGGAAUUAUUGAAUAAUUUGCCUUCAAAAAGCACCUCAGGCAGAUUUAGAAAGUUAAAUAAAACAAAUUUAAUUUUUACCCAAUGGUCAGUUCAGCAUAAUAUUCUAUUAUGUAAAUUAUUAUUAGCUGAAAACAGAAGUUUAACACCAGUAGCAAAUAAUAACCAAACUGAAGAGAAAGAUGAUCUGGUUCUAUUAGAACAACUUCAACAUCUUUGUUUUCAAGUGAGAGGUGUUCCUGUAACAAAAGAAUCUAUAAUUUUGGAAAUAAUAAUAAUACAUAAUUGGUUAAAUUUCUUACUGUUGAAGGGUGAAAGUAAAAUAAAGACUUUGUGUAAAAAUGAAGUAUGGCAGCAAAUAACACUAACUUUACAGCAGUUAUUUUAUGUAGCAACUUCUAUAAAACCAACUUCAGGUUCAGUUGAUGUUACUACUGCUCUCUCAUUUAUAGAAGGAAUUGGACAUCAUUUAAAUGAGUUGAAAGACCUUAAGAAAAUAGCAUUGUUAUUUUUCUGCACCAUUGCUUGGUUCCUUAUACAACAUUCAGAUGUUAAUAAUGCUUUGUUAUUAUUGAAAUCUGUAACCUCAUUAUUAAAAAAUUGUGUGUCUGACGAUGAAGGUGAUGAUGAAGAAGAGGAAACAGUUAAAUUAUAUUGGAAGACAUCAAGCAGUACUCUGCCCAUUACACAAUGGCAAGACGUCAUCAGAAUUACUUACGUCUACUGCCUCUCGAUGAAUGGUAAUUUCGAGAAAUCAUUGAAGGCGUGCAAACGUUUGAAUCACUUAAGCAAUAUUCCAUUUCUUCAAUACUUAAAAGCUGUUUCUUCCUACAAAGUAGGAAAAAUAUCUGAAGCUGUAAAUAUUGCUCACGAAGUGUGGAAAAAUCAAUAUAAUUGCAUUGAAAAUUGGCUGAAAGCAAGAAUAUGUAAUCUCCUUGGAUGCUGUUUCUCGGAUAUGAAUAAACAUCACGUGGCCAUGGAAUGGUUUGGUCAAGCAAUUGACGAAGAUGAAACAUUUUAUUUAUCGUUAAAAAAUAUUUUUGUUGAGUUUCAUUUAUUAAAACAACCUGAUCAGGAGAUUGAAUCUUUGCAGCUUCUAGUUAAGGCUACAGCAAAUCAAAUUCAACAUCCCUAUCCUUACAAUGCAGAUGUAACUCAUGUAGAAUCACUGUAUAUGAUAGCUAAACAUCUUUUAGAAAGAGAACAAUAUGAAAAAUCAGCAGAAUGGUUUACACAUUUGUUAGAGGUCUUAGAAGAGAAGAAUGAUAAUCAGUGUUACAGAGUAUCUAGUAAUUUCUUCCUUCAACUUUCAAAUAUUUAUCAUCAAGCGGCAUAUGCUCAUUUGCACUCUAAAAAUUACAAAAGAUGCAUUGAAAUAUGUAGUAAAUUAAUUGAAGAUUAUUCUUCUAAAGACGAUUUGUUGGAAGAAAAUAUUUCUAAUUCCNAAACUGAAGAGAAAGAUGAUCUGGUUCUAUUAGAACAACUUCAACAUCUUUGUUUUCAAGUGAGAGGUGUUCCUGUAACAAAAGAAUCUAUAAUUUUGGAAAUAAUAAUAAUACAUAAUUGGUUAAAUUUCUUACUGUUGAAGGGUGAAAGUAAAAUAAAGACUUUGUGUAAAAAUGAAGUAUGGCAGCAAAUAACACUAACUUUACAGCAGUUAUUUUAUGUAGCAACUUCUAUAAAACCAACUUCAGGUUCAGUUGAUGUUACUACUGCUCUCUCAUUUAUAGAAGGAAUUGGACAUCAUUUAAAUGAGUUGAAAGACCUUAAGAAAAUAGCAUUGUUAUUUUUCUGCACCAUUGCUUGGUUCCUUAUACAACAUUCAGAUGUUAAUAAUGCUUUGUUAUUAUUGAAAUCUGUAACCUCAUUAUUAAAAAAUUGUGUGUCUGACGAUGAAGGUGAUGAUGAAGAAGAGGAAACAGUUAAAUUAUAUUGGAAGACAUCAAGCAGUACUCUGCCCAUUACACAAUGGCAAGACGUCAUCAGAAUUACUUACGUCUACUGCCUCUCGAUGAAUGGUAAUUUCGAGAAAUCAUUGAAGGCGUGCAAACGUUUGAAUCACUUAAGCAAUAUUCCAUUUCUUCAAUACUUAAAAGCUGUUUCUUCCUACAAAGUAGGAAAAAUAUCUGAAGCUGUAAAUAUUGCUCACGAAGUGUGGAAAAAUCAAUAUAAUUGCAUUGAAAAUUGGCUGAAAGCAAGAAUAUGUAAUCUCCUUGGAUGCUGUUUCUCGGAUAUGAAUAAACAUCACGUGGCCAUGGAAUGGUUUGGUCAAGCAAUUGACGAAGAUGAAACAUUUUAUUUAUCGUUAAAAAAUAUUUUUGUUGAGUUUCAUUUAUUAAAACAACCUGAUCAGGAGAUUGAAUCUUUGCAGCUUCUAGUUAAGGCUACAGCAAAUCAAAUUCAACAUCCCUAUCCUUACAAUGCAGAUGUAACUCAUGUAGAAUCACUGUAUAUGAUAGCUAAACAUCUUUUAGAAAGAGAACAAUAUGAAAAAUCAGCAGAAUGGUUUACACAUUUGUUAGAGGUCUUAGAAGAGAAGAAUGAUAAUCAGUGUUACAGAGUAUCUAGUAAUUUCUUCCUUCAACUUUCAAAUAUUUAUCAUCAAGCGGCAUAUGCUCAUUUGCACUCUAAAAAUUACAAAAGAUGCAUUGAAAUAUGUAGUAAAUUAAUUGAAGAUUAUUCUUCUAAAGACGAUUUGUUGGAAGAAAAUAUUUCUAAUUCCGAAGCUUCCAGUUAUACGGAUUCUAAAAAACAAUUUGAAACUUUAUGCAUCGAUGAUGAUAAAGUAAUUAGGAUAUUAGAGAAUACAUCAUCUGAUGUAAUUUCAUUAAUGAUGAGAUCAUCUGCUUAUUAUCAUGUAAAUGAUAAAGAACAUGCAUUGUUUGAUCUUAAAAGGUUACGCAUCAUCCUACAGACAAAAUCCAGCAUGAAUACACACACAAUACAUAAUCGUGCAAAACGAAUAAAAAUUGAUGAAAUUGAGAAAAAAGAAGAAAAUAAUGAAGAACCAAGGGAAAAUUUAGCAAUUAUGUGUCUAAGAUCUCAAGUGUUUAACAAUCUUGGAGUACAGUGUGUGUUAAAAAAUCGUUACGAGGAAGCAAUGCGACUCUUUCGAAUUUCUCUUUCCUGUUUUUCAGGAAAUACUGACGUGGCCUACAAUUCUUCCUUGCUUAUGGCAUUUCUUAAUCAUAAAGAAGAAGCCAUUCUUUCUUGGAUUAAGUUCAGAAAAGAAACCGAUAAUUUCGGUUAUCCGACAUCUCUUACGAUGGAACAAAUACAGAAUUGCGAGCAAACGAUAAAACUUACAACCCCGAAGGAAUCCGUAUCUCAAAUGGUUAUCUCGGACAGAUUACAAUUCUUGCCUUCUACUCAUUCGACACAUUUAGGAUCGAUACAUAUUUUGAAAAAUGCUUUUGUUCCGUUAUAUGCUACCAUUCAUUAACAUAUUAAAUAAGUAUAUAAUAAGU